GUAUAAAGUCGGUUACUGAGAAGACAGUGAAAGUUAAUAAUUAAGUAUCUUUCUUAGAACAAAACUUGUGAUGUUUGUAUCUAUUCAGUAGUCCUAACGCCAUCGAACGAGAUGUAGAUUUGUGGAGAAAAAAAUAAUUAAAAAUAAUUAUAUGAUAAGUCACUGAAUAAAUUAUUCAAUAAGUGUUUGGUGUCAGUGUACCGCUGUCCGUUGCAGUGCAAGUGAGGUUUCUGUGUUUAGAUGUCAAAAUCAAGGAUUACGCCAUUUUUAAAACAAUGCUUCGUGUCAGCGACAGUGUGCUUCACCACCAUCGGCCACGGGUCCGUGGUCGGCUUCCCCGCCAUCUUGCUGCCGCAGGUCAAGGACCCUAACUCCCACAUCCAACUGACCAGAGAGGAGGGGUCAUGGAUAGCAUCAGUCACUGCCAUCACACUGCUAUUGGGCAGUUUCUUAGCGCCACCUAUCAUGGGCCGGCUGGGCCGCAAGAUCGCGCACUUCGUGGUCAUCGCCCUCAUAAUUCUCGGCUGGAUAGUAAUACUGCUGGCUACAAGCUUAGAAGCAAUGAUAGUAGGAAGAGUAAUCCACGGCAUGUCAUUCGGGCUGAUGCUGCCUCUUCGAUCAGCCCUCCUCGGAGAAUACACAAGUCCGAAGAACAGAGGAGCUUUCCUCACUACUGUUUCCGUAGCACAAGCCUUCGGGAUCCUACUGGUUCACCUCAUAGGAUCCUUAGUAACUUGGCAGAAGACUAUCCUCAUCGUCAUCGUAUUUCCCCUUGCCAGUUUACUCAUGACAUUCUUUACCCCCGAAUCUCCCAGCUGGCUGGCUGCAAGAGGAAGAUUUGACGACUGCAGAAGAGUCUUCCGCUGGCUCAGAGGCGACGAAGAAGAAGCAGAACUAGAAGAAAUGAUCAGAGCUAGAUGUGAAUCUAACAGAGCUGCCAUAACCAACUGUAGAGAUCUCAUUGUGCUGAUGAAGAAGAAGGAGUUCUACAAGCCUAUCGUGAUAAUGAUCCACAGUUACUUGAUGGGAGAGUUCUCUGGUGGUGCUCUCAUGUCGUGUUACUCCACCACAGUAAUCUCUUUGAUAGCUGGUCCUGACGCAGACGCUCACUUGUGGAUGAUAGAGUUAGACACACAGAGAAACAUAUCAAAUAUAAUAGCAGUGUAUGUGGUGAACAAGAUAAAACGGAGGACAAUGUUCAUGGCGACUGGAGGGCUCUGUAUCCUCAGUAACAUAGCUAUUGCUGGCUAUGUUUAUGCCAAAAUCCUCGGAGUACUAACCUACACAGCGAUAUGGGUUCCAAUUUUGCUGAUCAACAUACAAUUCUUCACGGUAGCUGUAGGUAUGGUGUGCUUACCUUACGUCAUUGCUGGGGAGAUAUUCCCUCUGGAAUACAGGAGUGUAGGAGGUAGCAUCAGUAUUGUAUCCAUUGCCAGCGGAUAUUUCCUUGUCACAAAAACCUUCCCAGCGAUGGUGGAAAGUAUAGGUCUACAUGGAUCCUACGCGGUGUAUGCGGCUGCCAUGUCGUAUAACCUGUGCGUUGUCUGGUUUUUACUGCCGGAGACCAAGGGAAAGACCUUACAGCAGAUUGAAGACCACUUCAAAGGAAAGACAACGAGUCCUGAGGAAGAAGAAGUUAGACAGCAACUCAAGGAUAAACCAGAUGUUGAGAAAGCUAAGGCCGAGAGCUGACGAGUAAAUUUGGAAACAAAUUGGAAAUGAGAACAAAAAACAUCAAAUUGGAAUACACAGAUUAGAUUUUCCACCUUUUUAACAACAAUGAGAUUUGAUAAAUACGAAUAUGUAUAUUGCCUAUUUAUUCAUUAAGCUUUAGGUGUUAAAUUAAUUACACAGAGUGUGCAAUUGCAAUAAUAGGUAGCUCAAUAAUUAUCUAAGUAAAUACUUUUAUAAUUGUCGAUAAUAAAUGUGAUAUUGUUGUAUCAAUGGUUUUA